AUGCUGUACUUUGCCUACAACAAAAAAGAGGCCAAAGGUCGAAGACAAGAAGCAUGGUCAGGACCAAAGCCAAAGGUUCCAGGAUCAGGAAAUGGGAACAAGAGCCAGGAUCAGGUAUCAGGAACAAAAACCAAUAUCAGGAACCUGGAACAAAAACCAGGAUCAGGAACCCAGAACCAGGAUCAGGAACUAGAAUCAGGAAACAGGAUGCUAGGAGACUCUGGAAAAGCACCAGAACAACCAAGCACUGACCAAGUGCAGUGA